GUAACGCCGUUACAUGUAUUCCGUUACAACCCAACCCUGUUUAUCUUGCGUUCUUUGAACUGUGCCGCUGUUGCUGUCCGAAGUACUAAUCAGUUAUCUCUUUGUUUAUAUGUUUUGUACGUGAAAUAUUUCUGUGUAUUUGUUUAUACGUGUUGCCUAUUGGGCGUAUUGUUUUGGGGAAACUUCAUCACGGCGUCCAGCCGAAUAUGAGAGUAAGUCCACAUGUUUUCCUCUUAAUCCAAAAUUAAAUUAAAGUCUUCUAACCUCAUAUAAAUAAAUCAAAGUGAUAUUUAAUCCAACUCUCCCAGCACCCAUUAAUUCAUUACUAUUGAAUAUGCUUUUUCAUCAUUUUCCUCACUUUGAGAUAUGUCCCGCCUUUGCUCUUUAAUCAUGCGUCUCAGCUGAGGACUGACCCACACUGACGUCCUUACAACUUAAUAAUAACUCUGCGUAAGCCUCUUGUACAUCCACCCUCAAAGCCUCAGACUGGAGAGAGAGAGAGAGAGAGAGUUUGAAGGGAUUAGGGCUGUAUGUCUGACUGAGGUUGUUACAGCCAGCUUUAUGUGCUGUCUUAAGGGAUCGUUAUAAAGCAACAGGCGCACUAAACAGUAUAAUGUUUAUUUAUUUCCUACUUGAGCCUUAGUGAGUGAUUAAAACCUGCCCUAGUGCAGUUUUUUACUUCAUGAAUGUUCAGUUGUGUUGGUCUCUGUCAGAUAUGGGUUUGAUCAAAAAGUAACUGCAUAAAUCCUACAUACAUUCAAUUGUAUCAAAAAAGGGCCACAAACGUUCAAAUUCUAGGCAUGCAGCUCACACUAAGCAGUAUAAGGUUUAUUUAUUUGUAUUUUGAGAAUUCAAAUCCACCCUGGUGCAUCUUUUAACUUCUUUUAUUUGCAUUUGUGUGUUCGUCAGAUUAUCUGCGCAGGAGCAUGCCUAACCUGGUCCGAGCUCCCAGCAUGCCCAGUGUGCCCAUUCCAACCAAUCCUAGCGCUUCCCUUUGUUUGCUUCGUAACAGCCAGAGUUUUGAUUCGUCCAGUGGGCUGGCUCGACUGCAGUCCUCCAUCCCCUCCCCAGGCCAGCUGCAGAACAGAGUCCAGAGCGUCGGGAACUUCUCCUCCAUGUCACGGCAGACUUUAAAAGCCACCGCCUACGUCAGUCCCACCAUCAAGGGCUCCAUGGCAACCUCCACAAGCCUCCACUCACUGAACAGCAGCAGCAGUGGAAGCAGCGGGGGGGGUAGUGGCAUCCCUAUAAUCAGUAAAGCUCAAAGUGGGGGGGGGGCAGCCACUUCCACCCUGCUCACGGCCCGCAGCAGCCUGCCUCGCCCCGCCUCAUUAUUCUGCACAUCAAGCUCCACCCCUCGCAGCAAGGUGGCCCAAUCAGCACGAAGUUUACUGACGCCUCCAAAGACCUUGACCACCUUCAGUGCCCUCCGUGACAGCAACUGGAGAGACGGCUGCUACUGAUGAAGAGGAGACAACCCCGCUGGCUGGGGUCACUCAACAUUCUUCCGUGGGGACAUUUUGAAUGGGUUUGACCAAAAAGUAACCUUAAUUCUGCAUAGAGUAGAGAAAUGUUAUCCAAAAAGGCCAAAGUGAUCUCUCAUGUCAUCCAUUUUGAAUUCUAUGCAGAAUUUCUUCGGGGAAGGCGGGUUGUGUGUUUCCGGAUGCGAGUGACUGAAUGUCAGGUCUGAGUUUAUUGGUGUGUGCCAAUGGGGAGUUGUUCCCUGAUGCUCUUGUGCAAUAAGCCACUGGUACUAACCUGCUAAAGAGGGCUGCCACUUUCUAUGAAGUGAUCCUUACAAUACUGUAUUUAUAGAUUUAUUUUAAAAGGACAUUUCUAACUAAUCAGGUGCUUCCCCUCUGGCAACAAGCGCCAAAGAUGCUGCUAAAAAUGAGUCGAUCCCUGUUUUGGGCACAUUUGGUCCAAUUUUUACAAGACAUUAAAGUAUGUAUUAAUGUACAAAUCUAACUAUAAGUGUGCUAAUUAUAUAAAUAUAUAUUGAUGCAAUAUUAUCGAUUUUUUAAAUGUGACCAAAAGGAAAGUGUCUGAAUGUGUUUACAAUAAUUGUCUCACAAUAGAAUCUCAACUGUGCAUAAUAACACUUUUUAUUGCCCUUAAAGGGAUUUGCACUUUGUACUAAUCUCUGAAUUGAUUGAUAUUUGUUCUGUUGACUAAUAUCUGCACUUGUUUUUGAAUUUGAUAUUCUGGUUUACGGGGAAAACUGUUAAUUAAAUGUGUUUUUGGAGAUUUCACAGUUAUACACGGCAUAAUGUAGCACCUUUUUGUUUGUGUUUUUAAAUGACUGUCACCAUGGCACAUUUCACAGAAACCUGACACUUUUGUUACUGUGACGAACUGGAUCGAGUGAAACAUUUGAAUAAAACACUUAAUAAAA